AUGAAUCUUAUCGACGAAAGUUAUGUUCCCCAAAAUCGUGUAGACCUUUUUGAUUCAUUUAUUAUUAUUUUGUUUCCGAUUCUUUUAAUUAAAUUACUUAAUGUCGAAAAGAGGGAAAGAAAACUUUUUAAAAUAGGAACUUUCCAGAACAAAUUUAAAUACUUUAAAGAAAGUUUAAUUAAGGACAGUCCGAAUAAAGAUAAAUCAGAUGAGAAAAGUUCGAUUGAGGACAAACAAAUUCAAGAAAUUAAAGAAUCUAUUGAAGAUUUUAAUCAUUAUCUUCUUGACGAACAAACGAAACUUAAAUAUAAAUUUUAUUACACGUUUAUGCUAGAAUUAGAACACAUUAACAAUCAGAAUGACAAUAUGACACUUAAAGAAAUAUUGCUUCCCUUUUUUGAUGAAUUUAUUUUUAAUAUUGUAACAUGGGGAAUUCCUCUCUUCAUUUCCUUUGUUUACGAUGAUUUGUUGGCCAUAAAAAUUUUUUCAAUUAUUAAUAUGAGUCUUUACGUGAUCUGCUUUUGUUUUGCAAUUUUUGCAAAAUUUUUUGCUAGAAGAUUUAAAUCAAAAUUUUUUGGUUACAAUAUCAAUAUGAAUGAGGAAUUUUUUUGGGAAGUUGGAAAUCAUUAUAUGGAUAUUCAUCAAGAAAAUCAAGAAAAAGGCACACGUUAUUAUGAUGUUAUAACUUUAUUUUUAUUGGUUAUUGGUCCAAAAUUUUCUUAG